AGCCAAGAUUCAAGUAAUGAAUGCUUUGCUCUAGACUUCAAAGGAUACUAAAGAUAUUGCCCAGCCAUCAACUCUGAGGUAUACUAAACAAAGGAAUGGGAAUGAAAAAAUUGCAAUGGAAAAAUGGAAGGAAGAGAAACCAGUCACAGAGCGAAAAUAACUGAGGGUGGAAAUUUCUGUUCACCCUCAUAUUUAUAGCUCUUGAGAUUAUCCUGGUCUGUGCUAUCUUGGUUCCCUACCUUGUAAUAGACUUCUCUUGGAUAGCCAGCAGCCUUUUGGUCUUUAUUAUCCUGGUGUGAUAUAUUCUGAUCAUAAUCUUCUAUCUUAUGUGUGUAUUUAUUGAUACAGAACAAAGAGAUCCUGGGUUACCAAACUCAGUUUCUCCUGAUAAGCAGAAGGAUAUUAAAUGAUGAAAGUUAUGAAAGAUUCAGAUCAAUCCAGGCACUGUUCAUUGAUUCCACUGUCAUAAAUGAGUUGAGAAUUUCGAUCAUCAUUGAGCAUGGAUAAACCAGUGCAUAGCAAAGGCUAACCAUAAAUACUACAUUGCCCUGCUUUUCGUGUGCAUUAUCUCUUCUGUGCUGACAAUCUCGUUGGUCAUAACUUUCUUGGCCAAUUUUGAAAAUUCUGCCUUUAAAGAGGAAGUUUUUAAUAUUGACGGAAAUUUUUACAUCUUUGCUACAAUUUGGGUUGCCUACCUGUGAUUUAAGACAUUCUCAACUGCUUCAGUGAUGUUUUUGGCAAUGUUCCACCUUUGGCUGCUCAAGAAGGGAACUACAACUUAUCAUUUUCUGAAAUCAAGAAGGAAUGCUAAAGUUGACCAGAUGAACGAAUGCGUAAAACCCAGUAUUUCUGAGCCAAAAUUUUGCAGAAAUAAUGCUACACUUCAAGCACAUGCUCAAGAUUCCUCAAGCAGGGAGUUGAGCUGUGAGAUAAAUGAAAAUCGUGAGCCUGAUAAGAGAUGUGAAACUUCACGUGAUUCACUAGUUGCUUCAAAGAGCCAUAAUAUGGCAAAUGAUCACGGAUUAAGUUUUAUAAGCUCUCAGUUCAUCUCUAAAAAGAAUACUUUCAAACCUGCUGUAAUGUCAGUUUCAAAUGGUACUUUGCAGACUUUAGCUCCUAUCACCCAAGUGUCAGAGACACUUGGGUCGGCCAAGAAGUUGCCAAGACUAAAAACCCAAUUGAAGAGGAAGCCUCAACCUGCCAAGGAUGACCACUUGUAGGUGAGGUCCUAACCCUUAACAAAUAUUUGCAGAAUCAU